GUUUUGACAAAUACCAGUUUACAUUGACGUCUAUGGAAAUUAUGGUCUUAUGACUUCCAAAAUGGCUUACUCUUCCUUGGACGAACCUCGUUUCAACUCCAGAUUUGCCAAAUUCUAUCCCGAAGAACAAGAUUAUAUACCGGGCAAACUGGACUUGAGAAACUACAAGGAUGAACUGCGUUCGAUUCACAACCGGCACGUGAAAGACAAAUACGACUACAAGACCCCAAUUUACGUGCACCCCCCACGCAAGCCGUACGUCAUAAACCGAAAGCACAUGGCUUACACCGAGAUCCUUCAGCAGUACGGCGUUAUCGAUAGCCUUCUCAAGGCGCAGGGCGACAAAUCGAAGAAGUCCCGCAAAAAGAUCUCGGACGAGAUCAUGAACAAACUGGAGGAGACCUACUGGGCUAACUGGAAGCCGACGAAAGAACAGUUCGAGGACAGGCCGAAAGUGCGUUGGACCGAACCGAAGAAGGAGGAACGAAAGAAGAAAAGCAAAUCGAAGACGCAUCCCCCGCAGAACUCCACCGAGGUACAGACCGAUUUGAGCUCGACCACUUCUAAGCUUAGGUCCAAGGAGCCGUCCUUAAAGGACACGUCGUCGGACGUGACGCAAAAAGAAGAGUCCAACGUCCAAACAAUUUUGGAAGAAGCCGAGCCAAACACUUCGUGCAGUGACAAUCUAAUUAGUCACGGCAGUUCGAACUCUUUGCGCCACACCGAUUCACUGUUGCUGCUCAAGAAAAAGCAGAGCGAGAUUAAGGUGAAGGUGGAGCAGCCCCGUUGCUUGAAACUGUUCAGAAAGAGCAAAAGCGACAGCGCUUCCUACGGUAAAUGUUACACCAGAGGUGGAUCUUAUCCCUUGAGAUCUUGCAUUAAGGCCGGUAAAACUGGGGCCAGUUUUGUUCUAAGUACCGGCAAAAUGAAGAACAAUUAAAUAUAAUUUUAUUUGUUGAGUGUCGACAUUGUUAAAACUGACAUGCUCUUUAAAAUUUAUCGUUACUUGUUCCCAUCAUCAUUUAUUAAAUAUGGAAGUGUACUAAGGCCAUAGAUUCAUAGUUUUGUAAUUUCUUGUCUUGUGAUUGUCUAAAUUAAGUGUUAGAGUUAUUUUUUAGAAAGUAAACAAUAAACCGGCACUAUAACAACCGAAA